GAAUGAUGUGAAAUUAUUGGAAUGUCAAUAAAUAUAUUACCUAUUAUAUAUAAUUGUAUGCAAUAAAACAAUGCAAAUUAGUCUUUUUUUUCUAAACGGUCGACAAAAGUGUGAGCCGCUCUUACCUGUCGUAUGACAAUCUUCAGGUAUAAUAAGACCAGGGAUUGGAAUCAUAGUUUUCCAUAGGUACAGGUUCGAAUAGUGGCUUAGCCAGAAUUUCAAAAUGGGGAGUAUAAUGAAAAAAAUUACACAGUUUCAUAUUUUAAAAUUUUAUUUUUUUUAUUCAUUACUUUAUUUUAGAAAUUCCUCUUGGCGUCAAUGGGAGGAGUAAUGCUACCUAAGUCUCCCAGCUAUGACACUUGGUUCGGAUUCUGAUGACAUCUAUCUAACAGAUACUUAGUAUUAUUACUAUAAAAAAAAAAAUGCAAUUCUGGUUUUCAGAUAAAUUUAUUUUUACACAAGAAUUCUAGCGCUACAAGUGAUAAUAUGAAAGUAGUUGUGCAACGCGUUUUGAGAGCUAAAGUUACAGUUGAUAGCCAAGAAGUAAAUUCAAUAAAAAAUGGUUUAUGCUUACUAGUUGGAUUGCAUAAAUUUGACCAAAGAACUGAUAUUGAUUAUAUGUUAGUGAGUUUGAUAAAUUUAAUUUCCAUUUUCAAUUGUAAAAUGGUUCAAAAAAUUUUAAAACUCCGGCUUUUUGAUGAUGAAGGUAAAAAAUGGCAUGCUAAUGUUGUUGAUAUGGGAUAUGAGAUCUUAUCUAUUAGUCAAUUUACAUUAUGUUAUAAGUUGAAAGGUAAUAAACUGGACUUUCAUCAGGCUAUGCCAGGUGAUAAUGCUCGUCAAAAUUACCAAUAUUUUUUAGAUUCUUUGAAAAAUUUUUAUAGUGAAACCAAAAUUAAAGAUGGAGUUUUUGGAGGUAAAAUGGAAGUUGAAAUUCUAAAUGAUGGACCAGUAACAGUACAAUUAGAAUCAGGAGAAAAAAAUUCUUCUGACAUUUAUAAUGAAAAAUUGGAUGUUAAAUUGAAUUAAAACUCUUUAUCUUUAUUAAUGUUACUUCACUUGGCUGUAUUUAUGUUUAUUGAAAUUUAUGUUAAAUAAAAGCUUAAAUUUUGUACUUAAA